AUGUUAAUUAAACGACAGGUUAAAAAGAAGAGAUAUAUACUUAAUUGUCUAUUAUUUACUUUAGUUAUUUAUCUAUCAAUAGAAAUUAUACGAAUUAAUGGGUUACCAUUGUUUAAAUAUUUUCACGAUAGGUAUACAAAGCAGUUAGCACAACGAUCAUCAUUAACAAGCCAUCAGUAUUCAACAUUAUGCAGUAGAAAGUCAACAUUACGUGGUUUUAAUCAAAAAAUAAUUUCAAUUAGUUUAUUUGGACCUAAAGAAAAUAAAAUGUAUACGCGUACUAGAUCUAUUCGAUUCUUGAAUGCACUUAUUUCUGAUAUGUAUACAACCUAUCCAGACUGGAUUUUACGAGUUUAUCACGAUUUAACUAUCGAAAAGUCUUUUAUACGUUCAAUAGAAAACAAACAUUCUAAGGUUGAUUUUUGUAACAUUCAUUCAAUGAAUCUCGAUUAUAUUCCACCAAGAAUGUGGCGGUUCUUACCAGCCGGUGAUGAUCGUGUCGAAGUGAUGAACAGUCGUGAUUUAGAUUCUCCAUUAACAGAGCGUGAAUUAGCUGCUGUUUUAGAAUGGUUAAAGAGUAAUAUUUCUUUUCAUGUUAUGCGUGAUCAUCCACAACAUGGUGUUCCAGUUCUUGCUGGUAUGUGGGGUUUUCGUCCACAAUUAAAUCCUUCAUUUUCUAAGAUAUUUUUGUACAAAUUAUUGGAUCGAAAUCUAUCUCGAUUCUAUGAAGGAAAUGGAGAUCAAGGAUUUUUGGAAGCUGAAAUUUGGCCAAAUAUACGAGAUGAUGUUUUCGCACACGAUAGUUUUCAUUGCAAAACACAACACGGGUAUAUUUCAAAACCAUUUCCUACUCGUCGGUCAGUAUCAAAUACAACAUAUGUUUUUGUUGGUUGUCUACGUCCUUGUACCAUGGAGUCUAGUCAAAUUAGCAAAUGUCCUCGAGCAUGUAGACCAAAGAAACAUAAAAAUUGGACUAUGUGCUAG